GACGUAGACGGAUUUGGGGGAGAUCUAUUUCCUGGUUCUGGAGAUCUCAUUUUGGAAGAAACAUUCCCAGAAGACAACAGAUUUAUUUCAGGUUAUUGGGGAAUGGGUCACGUUUGUCCAAACUGCUUUCAUUCCGGAUCCUGUUCCUAGUGGUUAUCAUAUCUGUCUUGGUUCAGUUGGAUGUAUAAUGGAAAAUAACAAUUGUGCACAGAGUAUUAUACCUCCAAAUUCUUUGGCCUCGAAUGACAAAGAAUGUCAUUCCCACAAUGAAGACAAUCGCUUGGAAUCCUUUUUUCACAGAAAAAAAGCUGUCAAUGUACUUGAAUAUUCAGUGGUAAUGGCCGGAGAAGAUGAUACAACCCCCAGUACUUAUAGCACUGCGCUUGUAACGAAUUGUAGCUCAGAUCAAAAUGAUGAAAUUAUUAGUAAUGAAUUAAUGGAUACAGAUGUACAAAGAACUCCAUUGUUACAGAGUUCGUAUGAUUACAGCAAUAACCUGGGGGAGUUGGAUAAUGUCAAUAGACAAACAAGUCAUCAGAAAGGAUACAGAGAAGGUAAAAGCUUCAUCUGCUCUGAAUGUGGAAUGUGUUUUGAUAGACAUUCAAACCUUCUUCGCCAUGAACCGGUUCACACCGGUGAACGUCCUUUUGUUUGUAUGGAGUGCAACAAGUCUUAUACACAGAAAGCAGAUUUGACUAGACAUCAGAAGAGCCACACAGCUCUGAAAACCUACCCGUGUCGGGAUUGUGGCUAUCAUUUUGAUCACAAGGCUCAGCUUGUGAUACAUAGAAAAGCCCAUAGAGGAAGAACGCAGUUCGCUUGCGCGGUCUGCGGAAAAUGUUUCAUUAAGCACUCCAACCUUCUUCUCCACCAGAAAGUUCACAUGGAGCCAAAACCAGAACCAAAGCUUCUUGAAUGUUUGUUAUGUGAUGAAAAGUUCAUACACAAACGUGAUCUUGCAAAACACAGAAGAGUUCACACUGGGGAAAAGUUCUUGUGCUUUAAAUGUGGAGUACGUUUUUCUUGUAUUUCAAGUCUUCAUAGACAUCAGAAGAUUCACAAAAAGGAUACAGCGACAGAUUAAUAAGACAUCUUUACUUGUUAUUUCUGAUGUUUAAAGGAACACUAUAGCACUAGGACCACAAAACUGUAUUCCUGACGCUAUCGUGUUCUUCUCUUUAUAUUCAGGGGCUCCCUUAACUUAAAUACAAAUUGGGGAAAUUGGUAUUACCAUGGUUCCAGCUUCCAGAUCCGUUACCUGUAACAACUUAUCCUGCCUACGGCACCGUCUCACCCACAUAUCUAACAGUCCAUUCCUGGUAGUGCAGUCAACUAGGUAGGCCACCACUAGAAAUGUAUUUAUCCAUGCAAUGUAAUCGUUGCAGUAUCUACUAAACGGCAAUGCUUUACAUUGUGGGGUUAAAACUAAAGAACCACUGCACUCACUUAAAGUUGUCUGGGUGCCUUUUGUGGUCUUUUAGCGUGUGUAGAUGUACAUCUCAUGUACGCAUUCCACAAAUUCUAAGAGUGCAUUUACCCAACCUCAAAAACAUAGAGUUGGAUCCAAAGUACUUUUUUUCCCUUUUAUUAAAGUACCAGUUUAGGCUCUUGUAGUACUCUACAGUAUUGCAGUGGUAAUUGUGUAAGUAGUACCCUGCACUGCUUUAUGCUGAGGGUGGCUUAUAACCGGAGUGAUUUGUGGGAAACCAUGGUACGAUUGCUCUGAGCUUAGGAGACCCAAUCACCCUGUGUGGCAGGGGACAACCUCCUUCUGGACUGGAAAUUAUGGAGUCAUACAUUUAAAAAAUACCAUAGAACAGAAUUAGAAGCUCUGGAUAGAUGGAGUCUUCCAGCUGCUUAUAUCUACUGGGAAAGUGCAGGAUCUUGAAGAACUCGAGAUUACAAUACGUAUUGAGUUUGUUACUUUGUUAUAUGCUUUCUGCAUAUUUUCACUCCUUAGAGUGGCACUGUCUAUUUUAUGGUAAUGAUAUAUCAUAAUAGCACAUCAACGCAAACUUAGUUAGUUGUUACUACUGCUUUCACUUCAAUUGAAUAAAGUUUUAUUAUAUUGGGGUUAGUAUUGAAAACAAGGCUGCGUUUGCAUAACCAUGAUCCGUUGCAAAUUCCAAAUGUCCCAUGAUACCCUUCUCUUGACCUGUGACACGCAGGGAAUCAUAGGAAAAUCUCGGUAGUGUCUGAAAGUGUAACAGACGUGAAUGUUUUAUAUCUGCUUGUCCUGCACACACCACCCUACAUCGUGCUUCAAUAGCAUUUACUUUAGAAACGGGACGAGGAACUGUCUUGUCAGAAGAACAGUAACAAGUUAUCUUUAAAUAGAUUUUCAAACUCGAAGAGCCAAUUAAUGGGCUGUAUUCAGAUACUGGUUAAUGUAAUUAACAAAAUAUAACAAUAUGAACGCAUAUUUA